AGAGUGACUGCAAAAUAGAGGAAAAAUCAAGUUUGAAUAAAUACAAUUAAGUGUUUGGCCGCGACAGUGAUUUUUCAAGGGAACAUCAAGCCAAAAAUGCUACAGUUUCCUGAUCACCUGAGAACAUAAUUCUGAAGACGAGAUAAUACCGGCAGAAAGUGGAGCAAAACUGCAACAUGGAAACCACAAUCAAUAACAACAACAAUGACAACGGCUACAUGAACCAGGCGUAUGUGGGUUCACUAAAUGCCUCAACCAUCUCGAUACCAGGGGCAUACAAGCCCAAUGAGUCCUCCAAUGGCAAGAAGCCGCUUCCUGAAGGAUCAGGCUCAGCUCCACCACAAGGUCCUGGCGACAGCGCGCCUGGAGUGGAAGCUGGGCAACCGGGCAAACAGCGCGAAAGUUGGAACAACGACAUCGAGUUUCUUAUGUCCUGCAUCGCACUGAGCGUGGGUCUGGGCAAUGUGUGGAGGUUCCCCUUUACCGCACUGGAGAACGGAGGAGGAGCCUUCGUGAUACCCUACCUGAUCGUCCUGAUUCUAGUGGGCAAGCCCGUGUACUACUUGGAAAUGCUGCUCGGCCAGUUCUCGAGUCGCGGCAGUGUGAAGGUCUACGACUUUUCACCCAUCAUGAGAGGCAUUGGAUAUGGACAGGUCCUGGCCACGGGCAUCGUUACCACCUACUACGCCACAUUAAUGGCGCUCACACUGCGAUACUUCGUGGACUCCUUCCACCCGACCUUGCCGUGGAGCUACUGCCGCGAGGAGUGGGGUACAGAAUGCCUGGACUCGGAACCGCAGGAGGCCAGCAGAGCCACCAGCUUGGCAGGGUCGGGAGUGCGAACCACCUCGGCGGAGUUCUAUUUCACAAACAUCAUUCUGCGCGAGAAGACGAGCAUCGAUGAUGGCAUCGGAUAUCCCAGCUGGAGCCUGGCGCUGGCACUAGCAGUGGCCUGGAUCGUCAUCGCGGGGAUUAUGUUCAAGGGUGUGAAGAGUUCGGGCAAGGCCUCCUACUUCCUCGCCCUCUUUCCGUACAUGGUGAUGCUGGUGCUCCUGGUGCGGGCACUCACCUUGCCGGGCGCCUUCGAUGGCGUGCUGUACUUCCUGCGGCCGCAGUGGCACAAGCUCCUGGAACCGCAGGUCUGGUACGCCGCCGUCACCCAGGUGUUCUUCUCACUGGCCAUUUGCUUCGGAAACAUCAUCAUGUACGCCUCGUACAACCGCUUCGGCCACAACAUUUACAGGGAUGCCAAUAUCGUGACCACGCUGGACACCUUCACCUCCCUACUGUCCGGUGUAAUUAUCUUCGGGAUUCUGGGCAACCUGGCGUACGAGAACAACACCACCGACAUCGCUAGUGUGGUCAACGGAGGUCCCGGCCUGGCUUUCAUAUCCUACCCGGACGCCAUUGCCAAGUUUAAGUGGCUCCCUCAGCUGUUCUCUGUGCUGUUCUUCCUCAUGCUCUUCGUCCUGGGCAUCGGCAGCAAUGUGGGCAUGGCCUCCUGCAUGUCCACCGUGAUCAAGGAUCAGUUCGGACACCUGAAGAACUGGACUGUGGUGGUUGGUAUAGCCAUUGUAGGCUACCUUCUGGGCCUUAUGUACAUCACACCCGGCGGCCAGUUCCUGCUCAACCUGGUAGACUACUUUGGAGUCACGUUUGUGGCUCUGGUGCUGGCCAUCUUCGAACUGGUGACCAUUGCCUGGAUCUACGGGGUGAAGCGACUCUGCCGGGACGUGGAGUUCAUGAUUGGCAUCAAAACCUCGCUGUACUACCGCAUCUGCUGGGCGGUUGUCACUCCUCUGCUAAUGCUCACUAUUCUCAUCUACACCUUGGUUCUGUACGAGCCCCUCAAGUACAAGGAUUACACCUACCAAUCGGGUGUUUACGUUUUCGGUUGGUGCCUCAGUGCCUUCGGCGUGGGUCAGGUGCUCUUCUGGGCCAUUCCCGCCGUGCGGAAGCAGCCCUCGCACUUGGGUCUCUGGGCCCGCAUCCGCAAAGCCUUUGAGCCACUGCCCAACUGGGGACCCAGCGACCCGCAGACCCUCAAGCGGUACCAACUGUUCGUCCAGGAGGGCAACGCCAACGCCCUCUUCCGGCGCAGCAGUAUCUGGCACAAAAUCUAUGACAAUAUCUUCGGUUAGCAUUGAAUUAGCAAUAAAACUAUAUACCAUUUAA